CAUCUUUUUGCUUACUCAAGCCGCCAGCCUCACCCAGCAUGGCUCCUCAGACCAAAGCUCCUCCUACCACUGCCCCAAAAAGCAAAGGUUUCACUCCAAAGCCCCCUCGUCCAGUCGAAGAAAGACUGCCUCGGCUCUAUCGCUCUCUUUCCGAUCAAAUUAAUGAAGGAUACUUUGAGAAUGCUGUCAAGACUUGCAAAAAGAUCUUGAACCUCGAUGCGGCCAGCGAGACUGCCUUCCAGACGCUCCUCUUCCUCUACCUCCAGAUCGACGAAUACUCUGCCGCCUUGAAGCUCAUCGAGGACUCCAAGAAACCUCAUCCAUUUGAGCGAGCAUACUGCCUAUACAGGCUGCACCGCGAGAGUGAGGCUUUGACAGCGUUGGAGGGCCUUGAGGAGGAAGGCAAGAAGGUGGAACACCUCCGAGCUCAGAUUUACUACCGCAUGGGAGAGUGGGAAAAGACCCAGGAGAUCUACGAGAGCCUCCUUGACGAGGUCGACGCUCACUCUCCGGAACACCCCGACAUACUCGCCAACAUCGCUGCCACUUCCAAACGCCACGAAUUUGACUCUCACGACUACCGAUCUCACCUCGCCAACGUCGGCUCCUCUUCCCAGGUCCAAGUGCCCGCCGCCGAGAUCGAGUCCUACGUCCCUUCCUUGCCUACUGGCUGGGCAACGGCCGGUGGUCUGGCGGCGACGGUGGAGAAAAAGACGGCCGCCGUGAAGGCACCCGGUGAAAAGCUUGAAAGGAGCAAGCCCAAGCACAAGCUGCCCAAGGGGGCCGUUGCAGGCAAGCCAGUGGCCGAAGAUGUAAGUGUCCUGAAUUGAUGGAUCGGGGUAGUGCUGAUGCGGUCGGUCCCCCUGGUAACUGUGUCUCGUUCUAACUGUUUCCCCAUCGAACAUUUCUGCGCCCUUAGCCCGAACGUUGGAUCCCCUUGCGACAGCGACUGUCCUACAUCAACGCGCAAAGCAAGAAGAAGGGGGUCAAGGAGAGUAUGGGGACGGGCUUUACGCAGGGCAGCACGGCGCAGAGCUCUGGAGGCGGAGGCGGAGCAAAGAACAAGAAGGGAAAGAAGAAGUAGGCGAUGGUCGGCAAGUGGCGGUUGUUGCGAUGUCUCACCAGCGACUGAUCCGGUCACCUCCGCCAGCUAGUAACGCGUGCCUCGUAUACAUGCAUCAACCCUCCGC